AAGGGCAGGUUAGAAUGGUUCACCCAGAGUGCUAGCAAGCUAGCCAACCAACCUUGUCAUUCUGUGCAUGUGUUUUAGCCUGGAGUAUCAUGACCAUGCUAUGCAAAGUCAGUUUUGUUCGCAGGUGCACCACCACCUUGAGCCCGGUUGUGGGAGCUCUGGCCUCGCGGCAGAAGCACACCCUCCCGGACCUGACUUAUGACUACGGAGCGCUCGAACCUCAUAUCUGCGCCGAAAUCAUGCAACUGCACCACAGCAAGCACCAUGCCACCUACGUGAACAACCUCAACGUCACGGAGGAGAAGUACCAGGAGGCGUUGGCCAAGGGUGAUGUGACUGCCCAGGUGGCGCUGCAGCCCGCCCUGAAGUUUAACGGAGGAGGCCACAUCAACCACACCAUCUUCUGGACAAACCUGUCCCCGAAUGGAGGAGGAGAGCCGCAGGGCGAGCUGAUGGAGGCCAUCAAGCGGGACUUUGGCUCCUUCCAGAAGAUGAAGGAGAAGAUGUCUGGUGCCACCGUGGCGGUGCAGGGCUCUGGCUGGGGCUGGCUGGGCUUGGACAAGGACAGCGGCCGCCUGAGGAUCGCCGCCUGCAGCAACCAGGACCCCCUGCAGGGCUCUACAGGGCUCAUCCCCCUCCUGGGUAUUGAUGUUUGGGAGCAUGCCUACUAUCUCCAGUACAAGAAUGUGAGGCCAGACUACGUAAAGGCCAUUUGGAACGUGGUCAACUGGGAAAACGUCAACGACCGCUUCGCAACUGCCAAGAAGUAGACGCAAGGUCUACACACACACAAACACACACAUAUACCCUCAGUCCCAUUAUAAAUGCUUCAGAACGCACAAAUACCCCACCCCCAUCCCUAUGUCUAGCUUUUAAAGAAAGAGAGAGAUGUGUGCUUGGGGAGGGGGGCAAGAGCAGGAAGUAGUUUGGAGUAGUCUGUUGUCACAGCAUAACGAUCAGCAAGAUGGAUGAGAUGUGAAUGAUUUUCAGUGUAUUUAAUUAAAGAUUUAUUUCAACUA